AUGGUGAUGGCCGCUCCGGUCCCAAGUCCGGAGGUUGGGGUCCCAGAAGAGUUCAGGCUUUUUGCUCAACUUCUGGAUCGCAGUAGAAGCGAGGGUUGGGGUUUCCUUCGUCAGGGCCCUGAGAGCGGGAUGGAUAUGGAUCUUCAAAAGCUUCUUGCGCCCGCGAAAAUCGACGAUCGAGGCAGUCCUUCAGGGUUCACACAGGCUAGAAAGCGCUCCUACAAGCGAGCGAUUCUUCGGGCGAGGAGAUGGGGAUACACGCAGUACAAAGGCACAGCGGUCGACGAAGGCGACCUCACGGGCAUGUACACCAACAAAGCACAGCAAACUUGCCGUCAGCGUUACAGGUACACAGGGUCAUUGACACGAUCGGAGGCCUCGCUCUCUUUGCUUUCAUGGAAUUGCGGGGGACUCAGUACACUGCAGGAUGAGCUGUUCACUUGGCUUGCUUCCACCGAUUACCAGAUAGUAUGCCUACAAGAGACAUGGUUUAAGAGUCACAUGGACUACAGCACCAGGGGCUGGCAUUGUAUCAACUGCGGCGUCGGCGAGAGCGCAAAGCGGGGGCACGCAGGAGUGAUGGUUUUAUUGAGGGCUAGCCGAUUUGAUCAGCAGAGCAUUCGCUUCAAUUAUGUGGUGGCAGGGCGACUCUUGCACGUGAAAGCCUACGGCAAGGGCAUAGGCUGGGUGGAGAUAGUCAACGUCUACCAGCAUGCGUGGGGACUGCACGGCGAACAGACCACCAUAGAGGCCAAGAGGGCUACGCUCUGGGAGAAGAUGAGGCUGACGUUGGGCCAGAUCCCUCAGAGCAGUGCACUUGUCGUUUGUGGUGAUUUCAAUACAGCGCUUCAGCACCGAGCUCCAUAUGUGGGUCGAGGUCUUCCGAGGCAGCAGCAGAGUUCGUCAGAUGCAGAGGCUCUGGAACACAUUCAGAAUGAUUUUGAUUGCAUUGCUGCAAACACUUUUCACAGGUCCGGGUCGUACACAUACAUACAUGAGGGAUUCGCGAAAGCGCGGCGCUCAUUCAUUGACUAUGUGAUGCUCCGAAGACACAAGCACCGCUCCAUCACUUCCAAAAUCAUCAGCGAUUUUGAGGUGGGACGCUGGCGAGCAGGAGGACGGCAUCUACCUGUCCAUGUGGUCUUCACGCAUCGACCUUACUACUCCAGUAGUCCCAGAACCCCCUGCGCAGAAUGGCCGAGCUGGAAAUGCAAACUACUCGCUCAACAGGUCAAGGAGCAUCCCGAACUUGUGGAGCAGUUUCAGCAGCAGGUUGCGGAAUCACUAACGGCUGUCACCUCUUACGAGCCCCAGCAGCUGAAUGACCUGCUGCUUGAGGCGGGCAAAAAGGUCUUCACGAUCCGGAGGCCCCCGAGCUUACCUGCUCCAGCUGAGGACCCAGAACAUGUCGUUACCAUCAAAACCAUGUGGGGACACUACAGGGAGAUGCGCAAAGCUCAGCUGGAUCGCUCCGGCAGUGGGCGGGCUACGCUGCGAGGAGCCAUUCAGGCUUGGCGACAUUGGAUGCAGUUCCAUCGCAUGCAUCGGCAGGUACAGAAACACAGUCGUAGUUUGCGACGGCAGCGGUUCGAAAGGCUCCUGGCUGAGGCGCAGGCCCAUGAACGCUCGGGUUGCAGUUCGGCGAUCUUCGACUUAUUGCGUAGGCAUGCACCGAAGCAAGCCCGUCGGCGUGCACAACUGCGAGAUGUGAGUGGCAAGCUCAUGACUCCAGCAGAAGAAGCACAGGUACUGCUCACCUUUUGGCAAAGUGUCAAUGGUGGAACCAGGCCCAGUGGAGACGAGCCCACCAGCUACACGUUCCAUAUCACAUGUGAGGAGCUCAGAGAUGCUCUUCAGCGGUUGCAGGGUAACAAAGCAGCUCCCAAACAUUGUGCUCCACACGUGUUCUGGAGCAUGGCUUCGGAGCACAUUGCCACGUUCAUGAGCGAGCAGGUGUUCCAUGAUUGGCAGCAGGGCGGCGCUCGUGUCCCUCAGGACUGGGCUUCGGCAUGGCUGGUGCCCAUAGCACUGCUCGAGCCCAUGGGCAAAGCGGUUGCCGGCAUCUUGAAGGAUCGUUUGAUGCCGUUUGUACAACCCUGGACUGCACCGCAGCACCUGCAUGGCUAUCUCCCACACCGUUCUCCUCUUCAGGCUCUCUGUGUGGUCUUCGCACACUGUCGCGACGUUAGGGCGGCUGCGCAGGCACAAGGUCGCUCGCUUUACGAUCUACGAGCAGGACACAAGCGAGGCUCAUGCGCCGGUGGUCUACAGCUCAGUAUAGAUUGUACCCAAGCAUUCGACAGAAUCAGCCGCGACCUACUGCAGCGCGCACUGGAGAUGAUGGAGGUUCCCGCCGAUCUAAUCGGCAUCAUCAUGCAGUGGGUCCAUUCAACCAAGUUCCACAUAGGCGGACAUCCAGAUGAAGUACAAUAUGGCUCCGACAAGGGCAUUAGGCAGGGAUGCAAGCUCUCGCCGACUCUCUGGGUCUGCAUCUCGGUAUACUUGCUUAGACACAUGGACAACACCUUGGGAUUGAAUUGGUGCCAACAGCACGGAGUAGGAUUCGCGGACGACUUACACUUCAGGUGGAGGUUUGAGGACGUGGCUGGCAUGCAGCUGGCACUCAAACAGGCGGGCACCGUCUUGCAACUCCUUACUGCCUGCGGACUCAUAAUCAGCAAGGAGAAAACCGUUUGCCUGCUUAGAGCAGAUGGGGUUCAGGCACCGAAUGCAAUCAAGAAGGUGGUACGCAAGACCAAACAAGGCAAGCUGCUCAAACUCGACAUGAACUGGGAAAUGCCGCUCAAGAAGUCGCAUAUCUAUCUAGGGGCCUGCAUCUCCUACGAGAACUUCGAGUCACAGAACAUGCAGCAUCGACUUCAGGCAUGCCGUGCAGCUUUCAGCCGAUUACGUACCACGCUCAUGGCGCACAGGGCCCUCAACAUGCACCGACGACUCCAACUAUGGAAGGCAACAGUGGUGACCUCAGCUAUGUACUCACUUCUGGCCUCGGGUUUUAGUGCAAAGACGAUGGAUCAGUUUCGGGUUGUGCUCACGCGGCAAGCCCGCGCCAUUGCUCGCAGCCCAGUUCACUUGGACCUUGAGAACAAUGAUAAGUUCUGGCGGCGGAUAGGCAUCAUUGCGCCAGUGGACAUGAUCCUGCAACGGCUCGAACGAGCCGUCACCGUCACCACCACCUUGAAGGCCAAACUGAGGGAAGAUGAUGCCAGGGUAUCCAGUAUCAUCCUUGAUCACGAACAGGCCGUUCUUGCUCGGACCCGGGAGAUAUCGACCGAGGCCCAAAAGGCCGCAGGCGACGCGGAAGACAGUCUGACGCAUGUGUGUCAGGAGUGCGGCGCUAAGUUUGGCACAUGGGCAGCGCUGCGUGCACACGCGGGCAAGCUUCACAGUCAGGCCCGAAGACAGGAGGCCAAAGAGCAAACACCCGACUUUGACCAGCAGCGGCACGGGAAGGACGGAAUGCCCAUUUGCUCGCAAUGCAAUCAUCGCUUCCCACGGUGGGCAGACCUCCGCAAACACAUUGAGGGCGGCCACUGUCAGGCAGCAUCCACCAUUGCGCCGGAGCCAGCAUCGGGCACAGAUAAAGACUCGGUCAUGCAAAUGGUCAGGGCAGGGCAGCUCGAUGUGCAAAACUUGCGAGUGGAGGCCGUCACGGCUGAUCUGCGAACGGAGCUCAUGCAGCAUUGCGCGCUUUGCAGGCAGUGGCACCACGACCACAAGCAGCAUAUCGACAAAAUCAAGGUGAUGUGUGAGUGGUCCAUCCACGUGAGCAACGAGCACAAUGUACCCAGCCAAGCCAGUGCGCCUGACAUUCCUUUUCCUGCAGAGGCAGAGAUCAAAAGAUGGCACGGUGGCUACGGCAAGAAGGUCAAACAUGCCAACAGAGCCGAAGGAACAGGACAGACCGAGCAAGCAGAACAAACCGGCCAACAGGGGCCACAGCACCAGCCCAGCAGCUGGAACAGUGGAUACAGCGGGGACAUGGACUGGCUCGUGGACGCCAUCCAACUGAUGGCCAGAAUGAUGGUGAGACAGGAGGAUGUCCUGCACGUCCUCAGGCAGUCGACCGGGUGGGUGUGGUGGCUAAGCAUCUCCACACCAACCAUAGUACCGGAUCUUUUCCAGGCGGCGCAGGUGUGGCGGAAGGAGGUGUCCCAACCCGACAGCAAGAUGGCCAACACCAGUCUCCGAUCGGCGCUCUUCUGGUGUCUGCUGCACCAGCUGGCAGCGACACUGGGGAGCAUGGACCAGACGAAACUGGCGGAGGCGAACAAACAAGGCUGGCUCACGGCGGAGGGCAGAUGGGUCUACCAAACAUGGUCGGCAGAAAAUCAGCAGCUCAUGGUGGACGAAACAAAGCCGGGCAUGACCACUCAGGAAGUCGUCCAUCUACUGAACGACAUGCAGGGCUUGGUGAGCGGCGACACAGUAUCGCGCUUUCACUUCACGAGGCCACUAGUGGAACAGAUGUCGGGGCACAUGCUCACCAUGGUUAUGGACAUAUCGUUCCGCAAAGCCUCAGCGAAUGCGUUAUACAGCAAACUGGAGAAACUUCAGGGAAGUGCGGCGCUACAGGUGUGCGGAGUUCAGUAUCGCAAGGAAGGCUUCAAGCGCUCGCCGGGAGCGCAGAGGACCGGAAAAGAAGCACUUAGCCUCAUCCUGAACCAUCAGCAGCGGUCCCUCUUGAUCAUUGGCAUUCCUAUGUGGAGGCUGCUGCUACACGACUGGGGGAACCCACAUAUGCAACACGAUGCGUCGGAGUUCCUGUCUUUUCUGCUGUGUAAGCUAGGUGCCACACGACUCACAUGCCAGUGGGAAGCUCGGACCACCACAGACGAGCACUGCCAGGUUGUGGACAGGGGCGAUUGCGUGGAAGCAAUCACGCUGGAUUUACCCGGGGAGGUCGGGUCCCAUGCCAUGCAAUCGCUGCUGCAUCACUGGCAUGCGCAAGCACAUGUUCAUGCGCUGACAAAUGCAGGAUCACUGCUUCUCUUCAGACUAGCCAGGUAUGCGACGGUGGAUGGCCACACAGUCAGGCGCAGCGAUGUGAUCACAUGGUCAGAGCGAUUGUACAUACCGGUCUUCGAUGGCCAGGGGCAGACCACGGAGGUUCAUGAGUACACAGUGCAGGCCGUGCUCCUACACCACGGCGCAUCCUUACGCCACGGGCAUUAUACCCUGCUCAUGCAUGCUUCAGAUGCGGAUUUUCACAGUGAUGACGGAAUACAACCACAGCAGCAGCCUAAGCCGCGAAGUCGUAUACACACAUCGGCGGAUGUCUACAUGUUCUUCUGCAGGAGGUUGGAUCCUGGGGGAGAUGAGUGA